GUGUACGAUAGCGCCAUGUUGCUUUUAGAUGAUACUGACAACUUGCCGCGCUCUGAUUGGCCGAUCGUCGCCUAAACGUCAGUUGUCAGUGGUUGUCGCCCAUGUUUGUUGAAAACUUUGAACAGUUUAAAUUAUUUUCAAUUGCAAUAAAGUGUUGAUCGAGUGAAGUUCUUGUACUUAUCCUCUCCGCUUUAUUUGUGAUUCAUCCAUCACCCAGUUCUGCAAGCAUUUAUGCAUUGUGCAAAAUGUAUUAUCAGUGCUGUGUGUGUAAAACUCUGCGAAAGGACGCUUUUACUUUGUACCGUUUUCCUAGUACUGAGAAAAGACUCAUUAUGUGGUUGAAGUGUUUGGAAACAAAUGGUUUUGGAAAUAUGUCGCCGGAGCAAGUUCGAAAAGCUUUUAUUUGUGAGAAACACUUCGAACAGCGGUUUGUUUCGGCAUCGACACGGCGUCUCAACGCGAAGGCUUAUCCUUCGUUAUUCAGUCAAGAUGAGAUUAACAGUGGGAUCCCAUCUCAUGAAAAUGCCGAAAACAUGGAUCCGCUGAAAGAACAUGCAUAUGUUCGUAAAUCACAUGACGACCACACAUACUGUCAACAAGUGCCUCAAAAAGCGUCUCCUGCCAUUCCAUCCACAUCGGGGGUUAAAUCAACCGCAGUGGGCCAUACACCAAAACAGACUAUGGCCGUUUCUAUAGCCACAGAACCUGUCCCGACAACUUCAGACAUUGAAAAGGAGACCAUGCCCGAACUAUGCAGCAGCUUUAUUACAGAACUUGUUGUAGCUGAGAAGGUUACAGCUUGUAUUUCACCUAGUGUACAGUCACACAAUGAAGCAGUCUUUGUAACAACUGCUGAAGCUGCAAUCAAACAAUCAAAUGCUGAAGAGCAGCAGAUUUUGCCAGAAGCAAAUAUUCCAGAAUGUGUUGCGGUUGAGGAGGUUACCUCUACCAAUUCACCAAGGGAACAGUCUCAAGUUCAAAGUGUUGUUGAAGUUAAAGUUCAAAGUGCGAAAAGGCCACAGAAGCAGAGGAAACGAUUGAUUGGGAAAUUAAUGAACCUGACACCAACGGGCCGAAUGAUAUACGACGAAUAUAAAAAAUCUAAACGUCAGGCAGAUUUUUACCACAGGGCUAAGAGGGCCUUGAAAUUCAACAAAGAGAAAUCCUUUCAAGAAUUGACAAAAGACAUGAAUCCGUAUGCGAAAACUAUUUUGAAAAUGCAAAUCAACCUUUGCAAUAAAAAUAAGAAAGGGCGUCGAUUUUCAUUGGAAGAAAAACUAAUAGCACUGUCGAUAAUGAAACAAAGCCCUAAGUGCUAUAGGUUCCUGCACAAAAUUUUUAUCCUGCCGUCGCGAUCGACUCUAAAUAAAAUGGUUGCAGGACUUAAGAUCGAGUCUGGGAUUUGUCCUCAAGUAUUUGAAGUAAUAAGAAGAGAGACCGAAAAAUGGAGCUACAAAAAAAAACUGUGUUCAGUCAUAUUUGACGAAAUGUCUUUAGAGGCUGGCUUGUCUUAUGACAAAAACAAAGAUAAAAUUAAUGGGUUAGUAGAGCUUGGCGAGAGAAAAAAUGAUUUCGCUGAUCAUGCCCUCGUGUUUAUGUUGAGAGGAGCUGUCCACAAGUGGCAGCAGCCAAUAGCCUUUUAUUUUUGCCAAGGCGCUACUAAAGGCACAGAAUUAAAAAGUAUACUCGUGGAUAUUAUCACAGCGGUUGUAGGAUGCGGGUUAAAGCCGAUAUCCCUUAUUUGCGACCAAGGGUCAGCUUUCCAAGCGGCUCUAAAUUGCCUGAAGGCUGACACAGCGCGUGACCAAUUACUGACAAAUCAGGAACCAGAUGGCACUGUAACAAUAAACGAAGUCAAACUGAUGGUUAUAUUCGACCCUCCUCAUCUUAUUAAAGGAUUGAGAAAUAAUUUUUUGAAUAAAGACAUUUCCUUUGAAGGAAAAUUAUCCACAUGGAGAGACAUCGUGGAUGUAUACGAAACGGACUGCAAUAAUAUGGAAACAAGAAUGCUGCAUAAGUUAAAUGACCAGCAUGUGAUACCUGAAAAAAUUAAAAAGAUGAAGGUCAAGAACUGUGUAAAAGUAUUUAGUUACACACUGUCUUCGGCUCUAUCUUACACAGCCAACUUCUGUAAGUAA